GUGCUUGCACGCAAGAACGCACUGUUGCGUCGUGCCAGCAUAAACAUGCCAGCUUGGCUUCACAGUUGUGGUGCUGACUUGCGCGAUCUGCGUGAAGUUGAGAGCUCCCUGCGCUCAGCAGGAGCAGAUUUUGACCUGCCGACGCUGAUAGUUGCCGAAGUGGUGCUGGCCUAUAUGGAGCCCGCUGAGGGUGAUGCGCUUGCAAAGUGGGCUGCAGGUAGAUUUUCAAACUGCUUGUUUGGGAUGUACGAGCAAAUUGGACCACAUGAUCCUUUCGGCCGCUUUAUGCGACGGCACUUUGUGCAGCGCCAGUGCCCCCUUCGAUCACUGCUGACGCGACCAGACCUUGAAGCUCAACGAGCCCGGUUCGCGUCGUUCCAUCGAGUCGAUGCAGCUGACAUGACGGCCACACUUUCAGCUACGCCUGUGGAUGAACUGAAAAGAGUUGCAGGUCUAGAGCCGUUUGAUGAAUACGAAGAGUUUCACUUGAAAUGCACCCACUACUUCUGCCUAGCCGCUAUGACGGGACAGUGUACUCGUGCAAAGAAGAUUUGGUCCAAAGUUGAGACCUCACCUGCUGUGCAGCACACAGUAUCUGUGCAUCGGCUCCGUGACCGAAGCAUUUCCAGAUUCGGCUUGACGGCAUCGUAUGCAGGAGGUCAUUUGGUAGUUUGUGGUGGGCAUGGAACCUACGAUGCUUUUGCAAGUGAAGCACAUGGGAGGCAAACAAGCGUACUUUAUCGAUCGCUGGAUCCCAAGCGGUGGCACACGGAGCAGGCUUUUCAGCAGAUUGGCGAGCACAAGGCGGCCAUGUACUGCAGCUCGACCACGGUUGGCUCGAAGGUCAUUCUUUUCGGCGGCCGCCUUGGCCCUCAUCAGCCUACAAAUGCUCUGGCCAUUUGCAGUUGGAUUGGAGAUGGAGUGUCCCAACAGCCCCAACUGGAAGUGAUGGAGGGGAUGAGCUUGUGGCCUCCUGCUAGAUGGCGGCACUCAGCGACGCUUGUGUCGAUCGAAGGGAAAGAUCAGGUUCUGAUCCUUGGCGGCCGCGGGGCAGAUGAGGCCAUAUUCAGCUUCGACGUAGCUUGGCUCCUGGACGCACGCCAGCUAACGUGGCGCUGUUGUCGCAUUUGUCCUGCAAGUGACGGCUCAUAUCCUUGUCCGCGGCACUCGCACUCGGCCGCUUCACUGGGGUCGGAUUCUGACUUGCUGAUGAUCUGUGGCGGUCUAGAUGAGGAUGAGAAGCUUUUGGGUGAUGCGUGGAUUUUGCAGCGAGACGAAAGCAAAGGAGCUGGAGAUGCUCUGCUUUGGCGAAAAGCCAUCUCCCCAUUACCGCGGCCAAGGUAUGGUCAUCACCUGCACGUUUUCAAAGGCUACUACAUCAUCAUUGGCGGAGUUGAGUGGACGUACGAGACAGCCCCCCUCUGUUGCAACGGGGUGCCUCUGAAUGUGCGCAACUACGAAGAUGAUGCAGAGGACUGA